GAGAUUAUAUCUCUUCUUCAACAUAUACACGACUCUGAAUUAUCAUCUUCUCCUUCUAGCUCCUGAUUUCUUCUCUCCUGAGCUUGAGGACAAUGAUUCAGCUAAGGGUUUACGCUGGUCUUAGUACUCUCGCGGCAUUGGUUGUGAUUUAUCAUGCUUUUAGUAGCAGAGGUCAAUUUUACCCAGCGACUGUGUAUCUAUCAACGUCCAAGAUCAAUUUGGUGGUUCUUUUGAACAUGGGUUUGGUCUUAAUGCUCAGUUUAUGGAAUCUUGUCAAAAUCGUGUUUCUGGGUUCUCUUAGAGAAGCUGAAGUUGAGCGUUUGAAUGAGCAAGCUUGGAGAGAACUGAUGGAGAUUCUCUUUGCUAUUACUAUUUUUAGACAGGACUUCUCUGUUGGUUUUAUCUCUUUGGUUGUGACUCUUUUGUUGAUUAAGGGUUUGCAUUGGAUGGCUCAGAAGAGAGUGGAGUACAUUGAGACUACUCCUUCUGUGACUUUGCUCUCUCAUGUUCGUAUUGUUUCGUUUAUGGUGUUUCUUUUGCUCUUAGAUUGUCUUCUUACGUAUAGUUCUAUACGGCAAUUGAUUCAGUCCCGGAAAGCUUCAAUGUCAGUCUUCUUCACGUUUGAGUAUAUGAUUCUGGCAACAACAACUGUUUCUAUUAUUGUGAAGUAUGCCUUUUAUGUCACUGAUAUACUCAAGGAAGGUCAAUGGGAAGGAAAACCAGUAUACACUUUCUAUCUGGAGCUUGUUCGUGACUUGCUUCACCUGUCCAUGUAUCUUUGCUUCUUCCUUAUGAUAUUCAUGAACUAUGGCCUUCCCUUGCAUCUAAUACGGGAGCUCUACGAAACGUUCAGAAACUUCAAGAUUCGUGUGACUGAUUACCUCAGAUAUCGUAAAAUCACUUCCAAUAUGAAUGAACGGUUUCCUGAUGCAACUCCUGAAGAACUUAGUGCAAAUGAUGCCACUUGUAUCAUAUGUCGUGAAGAAAUGACCUCAGCGAAGAAAUUAGUAUGUGGCCAUCUAUUUCAUGUGCAUUGUCUACGGUCAUGGUUGGAACGACAGAACACAUGUCCCACCUGCAGAGCACUGGUUGUCCCAGCUGAGAAUGCUACAUCAACAGCUUCUGGAAACCGUGGACCACACCAAGAAUCCCUGCAGCAAGGAAUCGGUACUUCAAGUUCUGAUGGUCAGGGUUCUUCUGUUUCUGCUGCUGCCAGUGAGAAUAUGAGCAGGCAUGAGGCUAGGUUUCAAGCUGCUGCUUCUGCAGCCUCUAUAUAUGGGAGAUCCGUUGUUUAUCCAUCUUCUGCAAACACACUAGUAUGGUCUCAAGGUUAUUCAUCGCUUCCUCAGACGGAACUAGAAGCUCAUAGGAGAUUUCUUGAGUCCCAAAUUGAGGUGUUACAAAACCAACUUCGGUUUCUGGAGAAGCCGGCAACUGUAGAUACAAAAGGAAAGACAUUCUUGUUCCGAGGUGGUUAUAAGGACGAAGCCAUGAAGAGUCUGAUAUGGUUAACAGCAGAAGAGGCUGCAAAGAACAAAGGAAAAGUUCUUUCUUUGUAUCGACAAUUACUUCGGAGCAUCAACUCGCCGAAAUUGCAGCUUAGUUAUGCUGCAAGACUUGCAAAGAAAGCUGAGGUUAAGACCAUCUUCUUGUUUGGCUCCGAGGAGAUUUCGAAACACAAUGUCGCUGAUCUCAUCCGUACCGCUGAAUAUGCUCUUUCUCAGUUGAAACAAGGCAAAAUCCCCAACAACACCACUCAGUAUUGAGUCAUCAUUGUCGCUCUCACUCUCAUUAUCACACAUUCAUGGAUAAUUGGAUAUAUAUGCCUAAGCUUGCUGAUAGUUUCAAUCUUUAUCCCUUUCAUGUAUGUCAUGUUUUUAGUAUUACAAGAUGUGUUGGUUUAGCAAACAUGUAUGUUUUUGCAUAUUGUUCAUUAAUGCAAAGUUUGAGAAUAACACAAUGCAUAAGUU